GUGCGUGUCACGUCUGACGGGGACAGCUCAAGUCGGGCAGCACUUGCCGGUUUACGCGUGUACCUUUGCGCACCUACCUUCGUUCUUACUCUGCUGCCUUUCAUUCUCCUCGUGCCUUCUUCUCUUUUUUGGUAAUCCUCCGCCAUUGACAAUUCCAUCGACACGACAGCUGUCGAGUUGAUUUUCACUCAAUACCUCAACGUUUUGGCUUGUCAGCCAUCUCAUCAGAAACGAGUCGAUUACCAUGACGCACGCCGCCUCGUCCAAGUCGGCCGCCGCCGCCCUCCUCGACCCCAUGACCGCCCCCGAGCCAGCAGCCGCGGAUGGUCCGGGUUCGCAUUUCGGCAACACCUUUGCCCCAGCAUCCGAGAUCAACGGCGUGACACGCUCUCCGCCUCCCGCCUCCUCCUCUCCCUCCUCCAACAACCCGUAUCGCCACGGCUCCGUCAGGUCGAAUAGACCGUCAUCCAUCCAGAACAGCCCGCCACUCUCCGCCACCAAAGGCGGCGCUCACACCUCCGUCCGUUCGUCAUCCGGAAGUCCGCGGCCGGAGAAAUUUCCCCACUACCGCACCGAAGUCUUCAGCGACUUUGACGAUCACGUCUCCUCCCGCAACCGCGCGAGCAGCCACGGCACUCCGCCAUCCUAUCAUGAAGCCACCUCUUCCAGCCCCAACCAGGGCAACCGACCGCGUCGCGGAAGCAGCUUGAGGGAGAGGUACCCCGGUGACCCGUCCACCCACCCUCUCGACGUCAUUCGGCGCGACAGCAGAAAGGCGUAUCGGUCGCCGCAUCUGAACAAGAGGUCGCUUCCCGGCGCCGAUACCAUUGACCGCUUGGACCCGGCUAUUGGAGGCCGCGCAUACCAUCAUGAAGGCCCGUACGACGCUGCGUUGUUGUCUCGCAACCGCGACCCCAAGAAUGCGCCUCUGGCGGCAUUGGAGGACAGCAACCGCGAGGCUCUGCGUGCGACACCCCGUGAGAAUAUCAAAGAUUCGGUGGAGAGGCAUCAGCCCCUUGAUGGUGUAGCCGGGGUGCCGCCCGGCGAGGAGGAUCGAUUCGGCCGGACAUACCACUAUCGGGAGGGUGCGGACCUGAUGCACGAGGCUGCCAAUGGAGAGCCUGCAUACAAGCAGUACCCGGGAGCAGAAUACGACCCCGAGGACAUCAAGGGCAAGGGCGAGCCGGCUUUCUCCCUCGACCGCGCCCUUCGCGCCCACAAGAUCUCCGACACCAACGAUGCGAUUGAGCUUCAGGAUCGCUCGCGCGUCAGCCGCGACUACCAUCGUGCCGAGAGGAGGGGCACUCUGGACAACCGCGAUCCCGUGGACAUCGCCGGGGGUGAGGAGAGGUACGCUGAUUUGGAAAUCGCGGCGGUGAGGGCGGGUGCGUCUCAUGAUUCGGACGCCAGAGGCCAUCAUCUCUCUGCUGGCUUGGGCAGCUUGAAGAAGCGCAUUGGCAGCCUGCGCAAGAAGGAUCGCGACGACUAGGGGCUUGAGGUGCGAGUCGACAUGCGGAACCGGUAUACAAAAGCACCACUGUUUGCAAGACAUACGCAACGAAGCAGUGUAGCCAAGUAGUCGCUUGUACAAUAGGGAGGGAUGGUGGGUCUAAGCUAGAGGUUGCUAUGGCGUUGCUGGAAACAGGUCAGAUUGUAUGGACAGGAAAAGGGACAUACUGUACGAGUAUUACAUCCAAACUGGCAUACUGUCCCGAAUCCGACCACAGAUCGCAGACUAGCCAUUGCCAUUGAUGGACGACUUUGUUGAAUCACGUGUGUCCCUGACCCUGAAGACUCCCGAGGUUUUAGAGUUUGUGUGGAGCAGCCGAGUUCCGAAAGAGGGAAGGAGUUUCUGGGGCAAAUUGAAUUCAGGACAACUUUCAGAAAG